AUGACGUCUACAGCCGAGAAAGUCCCUCCAGUAGAGGACCUGGCCGUGGUAGCCUCUCCACCCCCCGGGCCGAGCGAUGCCUACCCGUCGGGCACGAAGUUGGCCGUUCUGGUGCUGGCCCUCAUGGUUAGCAUCUUCUUGGUCGCUUUGGAUAUGACCAUUGUUGCUACGGCCAUUCCACGCAUUACACAGGACUUCAGCAGUCUGGAGGAUAUUGGAUGGUAUGGCUCGGCCUUCUUCCUUACUAUCUCUAGCUUUGCGCAGCUAUGGGGAAAGGUGUAUACAUACUUCCCCCUCAAGUGGGCCAUCAUCACAGCGAUCUCCAUCUUCGAGGUUGGUAGCUUGAUUUGCGCCGUCGCUCAGAACAGCACCACACUUAUCGUUGGAAGAGCUAUUACUGGUGCUGGGGGCGCUGGUGUCACUAAUGGCUGCUACAUCAUCAUCGCCUUUAUUGCUCGCCCUGACAAACGACCAGCCUUUACCGGCGUUCUUGGAGCAACAUAUGGCUUGGCGAGCGUCGUUGGCCCGCUCAUCGGCGGCGCAUUCACGACUAAUGUGACAUGGCGCUGGUGCUUCUAUAUCAACCUUCCUGUCGGCGGCGUCGCUCUCCUCGUCCUGCUCCUCUUCUUCCAGACCCCUGCUGCUGCCACGCCAAAACCGGCGUCUCUAAAAGAAAAGAUCCUCCAGAUGGACCCCUUGGGUGUACUACUUGUCACCUGCUCAUUAGUCUGCUUCCUUCUGGCUUUGCAAUGGGGCGGCAUUACAAAAGCUUGGGACUCCCCAGAGGUCAUUGGCUGCUUCGUCGGCUUCGUCGUUAUACUCUUCGUCUUCGUUGGUACGCAAUGGUGGCUGGGUGAAAAGGCUAUGAUGGUACCGCGGUUGCUUUUGAGGCGAGAGACGAUCGCUUUGUCCCUCUUUAACUUCUUCCUCGCUGGUUCCUACUUCAACUUCGUAUACUACCUCCCCAUCUACUUUCAAGCCAUCGGCAACUUUUCUGCCGCCGGAAGCGCCGUUCGCAAUCUCUCGCUCAUCAUCGGUUCAUCUGUAUUUGGCAUUGUUGCAGGUGUAAUCCUCACAAUCUUCGGCUACUUCCAUGUCUUCCUCUGGCUAGGCUCCGCCCUCUGCGCCAUCGCCGCCGGCCUCCUCUACACCUUAUCUCACAAUCUCAACACCGCCAAAGACGUCUGCUACCAGCUCAUCUUCGGAAUCGGCGCAGGUCUGUGUCUGCAAGUACCGGUUAUGGUGGGGCAGGCAUUUGCGAAGCCCGAGGAUACGGCGACCAUCACAGCAAUCCUUCUGUUCUUCCAGACGCUUGGGGGGACGAUUUUUAUUUCAGCUGUCCAGUCGAUCUUUUCGAAUCAGCUUAUUUCACACCUCCGCUCCCUUCCCUCAGCCUACGACGUUGGUCAAGUCAUCGCGAUCGGUGCCGAUGACCUCCGCGCUCACUUCGCUGGUGCUCAGCUCGCGGAUGUAUUGGAUGCGUAUAUGGUGGGGCUGAGAGCGGCGUGGGUUUUGGGAAUUGCGUGUGCAGGGGCGGCGUUUUUGAGUAGCUUUGGAUCAAAAGUACGUAGUAUGAAGGCACCGGCGGACUGGGCGAAGACUGAACCUAUUGUUGUUGAGGAGGGUCAGAGUCCUAGGGUGGUGAGCGCAGAUGAGAAGAGUCAGGAGAGCAGCGCUUGA